CAUGCUGCUGCCAGGUCCAGAGUCUCUCAUGGGUCCCUGUACGGCCCUCCCAUUGCUGCUGUCUCCAUCGCCACACUCUGUUCAUGUGCCACUUUCAGGUCUCCUCACACUGCUGGUGUGUUACAUUUUUGUCAUAGGGUGCUGGCAGAUUACGGGCCUCCCAUUGCUGCUGCCAGGCCCGUAAUCUGCCAUGGCCCCUCGUACCGCCUCCUCAUGCUGCUGCCAGGUCCACAGUCUCUCAUGGGUCCCUGUACGGCCUCCCAUUGCUGCUGUCUCCAUCGCCACACUCUGCCAUGUGCCACUUUCAGGUCUCCUCACACUGCUGGUGGGUUCCAUUUUGUCAUAGGGUGCUGGCAGGCCUCCCAUUGCUGCUGUCUCCAUCGCCACACUCUGCCAUGUGCCACUUUCAGGUCU